CAGCUUUUGAAUCCAUCUGUCUUCUCUCUCUCUAUCUCUAGGCAAUAAUGAGAAUGUGAAGAAGAGAAGAUAUCUUCCCACCUCAGCAAAGAUCCCAAACUCACCCGAUUCGAUAAAAAGCCUUUUCGUCUUCUUCUUCUCCGAUUAGCUCACAGAGAAGCGCGUUUUUAGGUGGGUGGACUCGUUUUUACCUUGAAGACUUUUGUAGCUCUUCUUCUUCGUCUUCUAUCAGAUCUGGUGUCACUGUCUAUCGCAGGAUCACACAGGAAAAAAGACGUGAAGAGAUGGGGAAAAAAGCAAAGUGGUUUUCUAGCGUUAAGAAAGCCUUCAGCCCUGAUUCUAAGAAGUCGAAACGUAAAUCUCUGGAGAGCACAAAUGGUGUGAUCUCUAACCCUCCUCACCUGGCCGACAACGCCAGGCAAUCUUUCCCUCCUCCUCCUCCUCUUGAGGUGAGAGUAGCUGAAGUGAUUGUUGAACAGAACAGGAAUCUUUCCCCUCCUUCCACAGAUGUUGUGAAUGCUACCACCACCGAUAUUCCUGUAGUUCCGUCUUCAUCUGCUCCUCCUGAGGUGGUGGUUCGUCCUCGUGCUGCACCUGCUCGGUUUGCUGGAAAGUCUAACGAAGAAGCCGCUGCCAUCUUGAUUCAGACUGUUUUUAGAGGCUAUUUGGCAAGAAGAGCACUAAGGGCAAUGAGGGGUUUGGUCAGGCUUAGGUUAUUGAUGGAAGGGUCUGUUGUUAAACGUCAAGCAGCAAAUACUUUAAAGUGUAUGCAGACUCUUUCUCGUGUACAGUCUCAGAUCCGAGCUAGGAGAAUCAGAAUGUCGGAAGAGAAUCAGGCUCGUCAGAAACAACUCCUUCAGAAGCAUGCCAAGGAGCUUGCUGGCUUGAAGAACGGGGACAACUGGGAUGAUAGUAUUCAAUCGAAGGAAAAAGUUGAAGCUAAAUUGCUGAGCAAGUAUGAGGCAACUAUGAGAAGGGAAAGGGCAUUGGCUUAUGCAUACACUCAUCAGCAAAACUGGAAGAACAACUCUAAAUCUGGAAACCCGAUGUUCAUGGAUCCGAGCAAUCCGACAUGGGGUUGGAGCUGGUUAGAGAGAUGGAUGGCUGGUCGGCCACUGGACAGUUCCGAGAAAGAACAAAACAACGACAAGGCUACCUCAAUCAAGAGCUCCUCUAUUAACCGUAACGAAGCAACAAAAGCUGUAACCCGCAAUAACUCAACUCAGCCAAACACACCAUCAUCCGCAAGAGGUGGCACUCCAAGAAACAAAAACAGUUUCUUCUCUCCACCAACUCCCUCAAGGCUCAACCAAUCCUCCAGAAAAUCUAACGACGAGGACACCAAAAGCACAACCUCAGUCCUGUCCGAGAGGAACCGUAGACACAGCAUCGCUGGUUCAUCUGUAAGAGAUGACGAGAGCCUCGCUGGCUCACAGACUCUCCCGAGCUAUAUGGUUCCAACUAAAUCAGCUAGAGCUAGAGUCAAGCCGCAGAGUCCAUCAAGUGGUAGUACCACACAGGAGAACGAUGGGUUUACGGCUAAGAAACGCCUCUCAUAUCCGGCGUCACCUGCAUUGCCUAAACCACGGAGGUUCUCAGCUCCGCCUAAGGUGGAGAGUAACGGCGUCGCUGCUACACCAAUGGUUGCUGGUGCUACUGUAGCGGCUGCUGCUCUAGCUGGUAGAUAUGGUAUACUUGCUUGGCACGCCUUCAAGGCCAGGCCAUCCAUACCUAGAAUGCGCAGAUUUUAUGAAGGUGGUUUUCAAACUGCAAUGACACGGCGUGAAGCUGCUCUCAUCCUUGGAGUUAGGUCUGGAGAGGGUAGUGGCGGAGAAGGUGAAAGAAGCUCACAGGAGAGUGAUGGUUGCAAACCACCCUGA